GCGCAGGCGGAAGAGCUGCUGUGUAUGCGGAAGUAACGGGACUGUUUGAGUUUGUGCGUAAGGAGCAUCGCAAAGCGCAGUUUCUCAACAGUCAGAACACGUCACAACAUCAGCCUGAAUGAUGCGAGUGCAUGACCGUCACUGACAGCUGUCUGACAGACAGUGUGCGCAGGUGUGAAGACACUUCAGGAUGUUGGAGUCGUAUGUUACUCCUCUUUUAAUGAGUUAUGUGAACCGCUACAUAAAGAACCUGAAGCCGUCGGACCUCCAGCUGUCAUUAUGGGGCGGCGACGUGGUGCUGAGCAAACUGGACCUGAGACUGGACGUCCUGGAGCAGGAGCUGAAGCUGCCCUUCACGUUUCUGAGCGGACACAUUCACGAGCUGCGCAUCCACGUGCCCUGGACCAAACUGAGCUCCGAGGCUGUAGUCAUCACCAUCAACACCAUGGAGUGUAUCCUGAAACUCCGAGACGCAGCCACGGAGGAUAAUGAAAGUUGUACGUCCAGCUCGACCAAUCGAAGUGAGAGCUCCAAGAGUGUGCCUAAACCCAGACGAGUGCAGCAAGCCCCCAGUGACCCUGACCUGCCCCCAGGGUACGUCCAGAGUCUUAUUCGUCGAGUGGUGAAUAAUGUCAAUAUCGUGGUGAAUAAUCUGAUUUUGAAGUAUGUGGAAGAUGACAUCGUGCUGUCAGUUAACAUCACCUCCGCCGAGAGCUACACAGUGGACGAUCUGUGGGACAGAGCAUUCAUGGACAUCAUCUCUCCUGAGCUGGUCCUGAGGAAGGUGAUCAAUUUUUCAGACUGCACAGUCUGUUUGGAUAGACGGAAUGGCAGCGGAAAGAUUGAGUUUUAUCAGGACCCGCUGCUGUACAAAUGUUCCUUCAGAACUCGUCUUCACUUCACCUACGACAACAUAAACGCCAAAAUCCCUGCCGUCAUUAAAGUUCACACAAUGGUGGAGAGUCUGAAGUUGUCUCUAACAGACCAGCAGUUACCCAUGUUCAUUCGGCUGAUGGAGUUGGGUGUGGCGCUGUAUUACGGCGAGAUGGGAGUUCACGGAGACGGCGACAGAGAAGAGAACAGCUCGCUCAGAGAGAGCGUCCCCGGUCUGACAGUGGAGGACUCAGAUCCGUCUCUCGUGGUUGGUCAGUACUUUCAGAGCGAGGAUGAAGAUCAGGGCUGGGUGUCGUGGGCCUGGUCAUUUGUCCCGGCCAUAGUGAGCGCUGAAGAGGAGGAGACUGAAGGAGAGUCUGGAGGGUACACGGAAGAGGGCGGAACAUCGCGACCCAUUCAGCACUCCUUCAAGGACCCCGUGGUGUCUGUGGGCUUUUACUGCACCAAAGCCUCCGUCACCUUCAAGCUAACAGAGAGCUGUUCUGAGAGCAGUUACUACAGUCCACAGAAGCUCAAGUCACGUGAGGUGUUGUGCGUGGAGCAGGAGGGCAUCACAGUAGAGGCUCUGAUGAUGGGCGAGCCCUUCUUUGACUGUCAGGUGGGAGUUGUCGGUUGUCGUGCUGUGUGUCUGAAGGGCAUUAUGGGAGUUCGAGAUUUUGAAGAGAAUAUGAACAGAAGAGAGGAGGACUCUGUGUUCUUCCGCUGUGGGGAGACUCUGAGCGUGAAGGGCUUGACCUACCUGACCAACUCGCUCUUUGACUACCGCAGCCCAGAGAACAAUGGCGUUAAAGCAGAAUUUAUCUUAAAUGGAAACAUUCAUAAGGAGACUUACACAGAGGCUGCAGGCCUGCAGAGAUAUGGCGCAUUCUACAUGGAUUAUCUCUUCACCAUGGAAAACAGCAGCAGUAGAGUUUGUGUGGGGCUUCAGGAUUUCUCUGCGUUGCGUAAGGAUGAUACGCCGUUGGUGCAGGAAACAUCACAGAAGAGGAUUGUGAUUGGUCCGUUAGAUUUACAGCUUCACAGCAGCGCUGUCCAUCGCAUCUUAAAGAUGGCUGCGUGCACUCUUGACCACGAGUACCAACCUUACUGCAAACCACAGCCUGAUGUAGUCGAGGAGUGUGUGAGCGUCGGCCCAGAGAAAGUUUUGGCUUUAGAGGAAUUUAUUCCCACCCGUCAGACGAGCGUGAUGCUGAUGAAGGCUCGAAUCACAGUCCCUGCAGCUGAAUACAACUUACUGCAUGUCAUAUUACCUGCUUUAUUGAGACACAAGGUGUCGACUGCACAGACGUCUGCACCUCAGUUCCAGCUCUUGCGUCCUCUUCCUGCGCUGCAGUUGCAGUGUGAGCGCGUCACGUUUGAACAUUCUGCACCCAUGUAUGAAGAGGAAGUGACCCGCGCAGCCAACAGCCUGAAUCAGCCUUCAGAAACACUCCUGCACAACUGCUACACACACAGCUACCUGAAGGUCUUUGAGCUUCAGGCUGGUCUGACUGUAAUUGACUCUGAGGGGGUAUUCCAUCCGCUCCUUCCCAUAAUUCCUACUUUCAGUACGGCACUCUAUGGGAAACAGCUCUGUUUGCCUGUGUACUGGGGGAGACAGUCUUCAGUUGCGUUGUAUGAAUGCAUGUUUGAGCUUCCGCAGGUGUGUGUACAGCUCACACGUGCUCAGGUGCUGCUGCUGAACUGCAUGUAUCGCAGUUGGAUGUAUGGUGUGGAAGGCGGACCUUGCAGCGGUAUCAGCGACGCCCUCAUUAACCACGCCUACAGACCCCCAGGUGUGAAGUCAGUGGGUGCUGCUCCCGUUCUGGAGUUGUGUAUUCAGCGUGUUGAGCUGAAGGUGUGUGUGCUGCCGGCGCUCUUGUGUGUUUCUGGAACUCUGGGAGCUGUUAAAGUUUGUGCCAGGACGCCGGGUGUGUGUGAGGGGCAGAAGGAGCAGCUGGUUUCACUGGUUCAGGGUCCGUCUGAUACCACAGAUCUUCACAGCAGCCGUUGGUUGAAUGGGAGUCGUAAGCCGGCGUCUCUCCUCUCUCCUGAUCUCCUCCAGGUCUCUCUACAGCUCCCACAGCACCAGCACACGCUGAACGCCGCCGUGCUGCUGGUGAGUGUUCAGGGAAUCGCUGUAAACCUGGAUCCCGUUUUAUUUUCAUGGCUUCUGUUUCACCCUCAGAGAUCCAGUUGCUCCAGACCGCCUCAACAGGUUUCUAUGGUGAUGAAGAAGAGGAGAGAAGAUGAAGCAUCUGUUGGCAGCACUCCAAUAACCAAACAACCAAGCAAUCCAGCAUCAGACUACACCAGCAGCCCUGUGAAAACUAAAACACACACAGAGUCAAGGCCUCUGUCUGUACCUGUGAAGAUCUUUCCAUCAUCUGAAGAGAAGCACUUGAGCUCAGAUGAACACACGAAGAACCUGAUAACACACACCUGGAACGCCGUCAAACAUCUCACACUGCAGGUGGAGUUGCAGUCGUGUUGUGUGUUUGUGCCUUCGGACAGUCUGCCGUCUCCCAGCACUCUGGUGUGUGGUGAUAUUCCGGGGACGGUGCGCAGCUGGUAUCACAGUCAGUCUCAGUGUAUGCCCAGGACGCUGGUGUUGUGUCUGCCAGAGGUCAGCGUGACGAGCGCCGGACACAGACGCAUGGAGCCGCUGCAGGACAUCCCCUUCACUGUCCCCAGACCUGUGCUGGAUGAGGGUGACGCGUUCCCGUGGACGGUGUGUGUGAAUCAGUUGAGUGUGUACUCUCUCCUGGGUCACCAGCGUUCUCUCAGUCUUCUAGAGCCCAUGGGCUGCACGUCAACACUGGCGCUCACCAGCCCAAAACUGCAGCCGGACACUAAACACACUUUCAUCAUCUGUCUACAUGUGGACCUGCAGCCUGUGCACCUGAAAUGCUCCCAUCCUCAGGUUCAGCUGCUGUAUGGUUUAUGGUGUAGAUGGAGUCAGAUUGCCAGUGUAGUCGAUCAGAUGCACAACAGAGGAACACAAAAACAAUCAUCAGGAUUUCCAGACCCCACAGGACCACCCGCCGGACCUUCAUCACCUGUCCACAGCAGUGCAGGCACCAUCCCACCUGACACCAGCACCUACAGCCCAUCAGCUGACCUGGGCUCACCUACAGAGGGUGAGUCGGUUCACACAGAGGAUGCAGUUCAGUGUGAGUCCAUGACUCUUGAACAGAAGACCUGCACCAUCAGCAGCUCCAGUGGAAAACUCAGCGUUUGGAUGCAGUGGAUGUUGCCCAAACUCACAUUCAAACUAUUUUCUUCUGACCACACAUCCAGAGACAACGAUGUCUGUGUGGUGGCGGAGAUGGAGGACAUAAGCGCUUCAGUGGACAUUCAGGAUGUUUACACUAAGGUGAAGUGUAAAGUGGGCAGUUUCCACAUCGAUCACUACAGAAGCAGGAGAGACAGUGACAGCAGUGCUGAAGAGAGAGCGUGGCGGGUGGGCCCGUGUGCUGGGGUCGUCCUCUCUUGCACUGACCGGCUCAACAGACGCACAGUUCUCCUGCGACCGCUCGGCAAACACGAACCUCACAACCAUUUCAGCUUCUUUCCUCCUACAACGGCCAAAGCUCUGGAGGUUUCUCACCAGCAGCACGGCUUUCUGUCCGUCACGUACACGCAGGCCGUCACGCGGAACGUUCGACACAAGCUGACGGCGCGUCAGGAGCAUAUGUCUCAGAGGAUGUGUGAAGACGGCGCAGACGGAUCGCCGCAGUACCUGCAUGAGAUUCUGCUCACAGCUCAACCCUUUGACCUCGUCCUCUCCUGCCCCCUGCUGAUGACCGUGAGUCGUGUCUUUCAUGUGACUCCGCCCCCUCAUCUCCGUCAUCCGGUCAGAGACCGCCUGUCUCCAGGACAGCCGAUGAGAGGACACUCGCUGUCAUCCGGCAGUCUGCCGCUCAUUUAUGUCAACACUAGCGUGAUCCGGGUUUUCUGUCCCCUGGAGGACAUGAUGAGCAUCACACAUUCCCAGAUGAAGGAAGACACUGUUGUGCUGAAGAUCGGUUCUGUGAGUGUUGCUCCACAGGCUGAUAAUCCACUGCCUCGGUCCGUUCUACGCAAAGACCUCUAUCAACGGGCAUUAAAUCUGGGAGUGUUGCGUGAUCCGGGCUCAGAGGUUGAAGAUCGUCAGUAUCAGAUCGAUCUUCAGAGCAUCAACAUGGGCACGGCUCUGUGGGAUGAUCUGAGACCUGAGAGAGAGAGCUCAACGGGCGGCUGUCCUCCAGACGGAGAGAGAAAUUCCCAGAAUCCCGCGCUGGAGUGGAACAUGGCCAGCAGAAUUCGCAGACACCAGGAGAAGAGAGUCAUUCUGUCGCCCAUCAUCACAGAUUUCUCUGUACGGAUAACUGCCGGUCCUGCUAUCAUCUACCGCAAACCUCUCGCAGCAGCGCACGGAGCAACUGAGGAGGUGGUGGUGUGCGGUCACAGUUUGGAGAUGAAUGUGACGUCGAGUCUGGAGCUUUAUCUCAGUGUCUCUCAGGUGCAGCUACUGCGACGUCUACUGCAGGCCAACGUGGGACUGACAGCUGUCAAUCAAACUCCUGCAGAUGUGCGGGGUCAACAGCUGCAGGCCGCUGCGGGUUCUGGCUCUGUGGAGAGUUUGUGUGGUAGCAUUGCUCCUGGUGGGCAGGACAGCGGGUUUGGCAGCGACAGCGCCCGUCUGCGGUUUGUUGGUAUGGAGCAUCAGGGCGGGACGGGUCAGCAGCACCGCCUCGCGCGCACCUCGCACCAGCCUGCCAUCACCAAGAACCUCAGCUUCAUUCCCUUUGAUGUUUUUCUCACCGCCGGCCGCAUCUCUCUCAUGACGUACGCCACCGCGCCCUCCACCAAACCUCCUGCAGACGGCCCGCAGGGAGGAAAGAGCGCGCUGGACCGGCCGGAGGACGAGGCGUCUGACGGGGGUAUGUCCUCCCUGACGGCCGACGAUCUGCUGUACGGCAACACCGCCGUCAGCUCCUCCGGGGUUCUGGAGGGUGUCUCAAUGCCCAGCCGGGUGUCGGCGCGUCAGGCUCUGGGUGUGACGGUGGUGAGGCAGCCGGGCCGCAGAGGAGAUAAAGACUGCAGUCUGGAGCCGCUGAUGUUCCUGCAGGUGACGCAGCCGUCACUCUUAAUAAACUGCCAUCAUCGAAAACAGAAGCUGGAACUGUCGCUCUUCGAUCUGACGCUGAAAGCAGUCGAAAGCGAUUACAAGAGUUUGGAUGCAGGGAAGUCUCUCCCCGAGUCUUUAGACUACAGUGUGUUUUGGCUGCAGACAUUAGCAGGAGAGGCGGACAGUCGAACUGGAAUCCCUCCACCGCUGCUGUCAGUCAUCAUCAAAGACUUUCUCACCGGACCGGAGUUGAAGGUGGAUGUCAGUCGCCCGCUGAGGCUCAGCCCCACACUGGCAAAGGUUGAACAAGCCAAAAACUUCUGGAAGAGAAUCUUUCCUGAAAGCGAAGGCGACGGGAAGCCGGGGUCAUCUGCAGGCUCCGGCCAAUGCUGCGACAGCAACGCCCCGCUUACUCUUGAGCUGAUGCUGCGCUCUCUGCAGACUCUCGUACCCCUUCAUAAGAUCUCGCUGCGUGCGGUGCAGUUGGCGGUGGCUGUGGAAUUGGAGGGUCACACAUCACGGCCUGCUCUGAUGCUGUCCGUGUCCGGCAUGAUGGGCACUCUGACCCUGAAGAACGCCCUCAGGUCUGCAGAUGGCUUUAAGGAGGUGUGUGUGUCUCUUCAGUGUGAUGAUGUGUUGGUGAGAACAGCUCUGAAGGACAGAAGUGUUGUGUUUUUGGGUCCGUUCUCAUGUACGUCACAUCUGGAGGCUUAUUGGUGCAGACACAGUAGAAGCUCCACCCCCGACUCGCCUGCUCCGCCCAGAGUGUUGAUCGAUCUGAAAGGUGGUUUGUUACAGGUGUUUUGGGGUCAGCUGCAGUUUAACUGUUUGUCUUACAUCCAUGAUCAUCUCCUGAACUACUGUAGUCAGAUGACUCGAGUAGAGGCGGAGUCUAAUGAGAAGCCCCUCCUCUCUACUCCACCGCCCCCCACUCAUCCUGUCCAAUCAGAACACUCCUCUGAUGACCUGCGCACAGGCCUUUUCCAGUACAUACAGGACUCAGCGAGUCAGAAGUUGCCCUCGGCUCAUGAGGUGGUGUUCUGGAAAGAAACAGAGGAUUCUCCUGGUGUGAUGCUGUGGAGAUAUCCUGAACCGCGCAUCAUCACGUUCCUCAGAAUCACACCUGUUCCCUUUAACACUACAGAUGACCCGGACAUCAGCACGGCUGACCUGGGAGACGUUCUGCAGGUGCCCUGCAGUCUGGAGUACUGGGACGAGCUGCAGCGGGUGUUUGUGCCCUACAGAGAGUUCAGUCUGUCAGAGAGUUGUGUGUGUGAACUCACUCUGCCCUCGCUGACCCCUGACACACAUCAGACUGACCUGGUGACCUCAGACCUCUGGAGGGUUGUGCUCAACAGCUCUGGUGACGGUGGAGAUGAGAGUUCUGACAGUGAGUGGGGUUCACAGUGUGAUCAGCUGGUGUGUCCCACCGCUCUGGCCGCAUGUUCACGUGUGGACUCGUGUUUCGCGCCAUGCUUUGUGCCCUCAAUGGGCGUCUCCAUACGACUGGCGUAUCUGGAGCUGCGAUUCUGCCACAACCUGGAUCAGCUGGGCACAGUGCUGUGCAAGAGGCUCCGCCCCUUCCUCCCAGACAGGAAGUUGCCUCAGGACCAGGAGUUUGCGGUUUUGCAUGUGUGCGAUCCGUGUGUGUUUGUGCGUCAGUGGAGUGAUGUCACACAGCAGUGUCAUGAGUUCAGAUUCUCAUCCACCCUGAGCUGCAGACUGCUGGAGUACAGAAACCUCACACGCCUGCCCAUCAUUCAACCCGUCAACCUGCAGGGACAAGCAACACACACGCUUACACACACACAACACACGCUCAGCUGCAGCACCACACUCCAGCCACUGCACGCCGCUGUCGGACAGUACGCAAUACACACACUGGACAGAGCGCUGCAGGCCUGGAGACAGAACCGUGUUCCUGAUGCUGAGGAGUUGAUCUUUAGUCAUUAUGUAAUUUGUAAUGACACACAGGAAGUGCUUCGCUUCGGUCAGGUGGACACAGAUGAAAAUAUUCUGUUACACAGUAACCAAAGUCACCAGUACAGCUGGAGAACACAUAAAUCACCUCAGCUGCUGCACAUCUGUAUGGAGGGCUGGGGGAACUGGCGCUGGGCAGAACCCUUCAGUGUGGAUGAUGUCGGCACUCUCCUGCGCACUAUACAACACAAAGGACAGACAGCCUCUCUCAUCAUCACAGUCAAACCACUCAAUGGAGUCCAGAAACAAGUGAUCAUCUCUGGCCGGCAGGUCAUGUGUAGUUUUCUCAGUCAGUCUAUAGAUUUGAGACUGGUUCAGCAUCACAGCGGUCAGGACGGUCAGGUGGUGUUACGUGAGCGUGUUGCUCGUCUGGAGGCCGACAGUAAACUGCCGUCAUUGGUCCUGGAGGACGCAGAACUCACGCAGCUGUGUGUGCGAUUGUGCGGUGAUGACGUGUGGUCUCAAGACGUCUGUUUGGAGCACAAGAACAACAGCUCGGUGCUGCAGGUGCCUUGUUCUGACGGCUCGCUGCUGCAUGUCUGGUGCACAACAAUACUGCUGGAGGCAAACACACACAUGCAACAGACACUCGUUGUGUUUAGUCCUCUCUUUAUGAUGUGGAGUCACCUGUCUGAGGCUCUUCUGGUUCACAUUGAGAAAAGAAGUCUGGGGCACAAAUACACACAACUCAUUCAUGGAGGCGGCCACCAGGAGGCGCUGCUCAACGUAGAGGCGGAUCUGAUACACCACCUCACCUUCCAGGCCAGUGAGGAUGAUGUGUCAGACUGUGCUGUUCCAGUGUCCACCGCUGUCAUUAAACAGAUCAUCAGCAGAUCAACAGCAGAUCAGAAACAACACAAUCUUCUACAUCACUUCUAUGGAGAGAAGACAGCACAGCAUCCAGCCUGGCCGUACACCUGCAAGGACACACACAGGUGUGUGCAGCAGUGCGAGUCAGGUGUGGUGCAGUGGGACAGUCCCAUGCAGGUGCGUUUGAGCGUGUGGCGGUGGGGUCUGAACACUCUGAUGGUGGAGGUGGUGCCGUGGGCUCUGCUGCUCAAUCGUUCACACUGGGACCUGUGGCUGUUUGAAGCUGAAAACAUCAUCACACAAAUACCAGCUGGAAAAACCAUCACACCACCCAAUUUCAAGGAUGCGUUUCAGAUCGGCAUUUAUUGGCCACAAACUAACACUGUGCACAAGUCUCCUGCCGUGCGAUUGGUCCAUGAGGUGUCAUCACCACGCUGGCCAGAGGGGGGCGGAGCUGAUGUCCUGCUGCUGGAUGAAGACGGAUACAUACACACUGACAUCACACUCGGAACACAACCUGGAAAACUCAAGCUCUGUCAGUUGUGUGUGUCAUCUUCAGUGAAAUACGGGAUUCAGGUUUUACAGAUUGAAGAUAAAACCGUCCUGCUCAACAACACAACAAAUGUCAUUAAGUGCAGAGCUGUGAUGUCACAACAGCCUAACACAGCACAUGACCAGGUGUAUCGGGUGCCUGAAUCAUCAGUGUUCGCUCUGAAUCCUGCGGCUCAUGUUGAAGAUGAUCAGGUGUGUUGUCCUGUGGCCUGCUGGGAUGUCCAGAGACCUGUGUCCAGCGCUGAGAUGCGGUCAGAAGUGGAUGUACCGCCGAUGAUGUCGAGGCAGCUGCUGUUGAGUUGUGAGGGAGACGCGUGGAGUCUUCCAGCGCUCAUCAGACCGGAUUUCCCCAGACAGAGUGUUUGUGUACCUGUGACGCCGGGUGACACACACCCCUUCAGCACCAGAGCUCUUGUUGUGACGUGUCAGGAGCAUCAGGGCAUCACGUAUGUGGCUGUGAGUGAAGAUCUGUGUCCACGGAUGCUGAUUCACAACCGCUGCCCCAUGAAUAUAUUACUGAAGGAAAACCUCCGAGAGUGUCCGCGAGCUGAAGUGUUUUGUCGGAUGCUGCCGGCCGUGUCAUCUGUUCAUCAUGAGUUGUAUCAUCACACCUCUAACUUUCCCGAGUGCAAACAGAAAGACACGCUGCCCACACUGCUGCUCUGCCUCAUCAUGGACACGCCCACUGAUCCCAUUGCCACACCCAUCAUUCCCACAGACACGCCCAUCACACUCAGCUGGACGGAUGCCAUUGAUAUCAGCAGCCCUGGAACACAGGUUGUUUUCCUGCCGGGGUUUGGCUGUUUGUACAUUGAUGUGCUUCACCAGAGUGGCACCAUCACACUGACGCUCGCACCCGAGAGCCAUGCUGAAGAUCUGGUCACACACCACAGGCUGUCCAAUCCGCUGCUGUCAUUCAGGAUUCUGUUAAAUGAGGUGAGUGUGGCGCUCUGUGAUGACAUCACCACCCCGUCCAGUUCUGUGGAGCUGUUACGUCUCACCCUGUCCAAAGUGCUGCUUCAUCUGCCGCCCAAUGAACCGUCGGCUGGUGAUGUGGAGGCUCCGCCAACUCACAGGGUCCAGGUGCACUGCAGCGGCCUCCAGGUGGACAAUCAGCUGUACAACCGCGCAAGCUUCCACUUCCCUGUCAUUGUGUGUCAGGAGCCGCAGACAGACGCGGCCGUGUGUACGUGUGACCCCAGCGUGCCGCUCGCCCCGCAUGGCUUCUGUGAAGCGUGUUUUCUGUCUCUGAGCGUCAGCGUCUCGGCAGACGGACAGCUGGACCAGCUCGCGUUCCGCGUCCAACCGGCACGAGUCUAUUUGGAGGACACAUUCAUUUAUUACAUGAAGACACUCUUCCACACCUACAUCCCAGAGUCCACUCUGGGCGAGCGAGGGAGCGGGCAGAGCCGGGGGACGGAGGUUCCGGGCGAGCUUCUGGAGUCCAUGCGGGCGCUGGAGAUGCCGGUGCGUCUGCAGAAGCUUUCGAUCGAAGCCGUUCAUCUGUUGGUGAGCAUCCACGCGUCUCUAAAGCUCUACAUCGCAUCUGAUCACACGCCGCUGUCCUUCUCACUGUUUGAACGAGGACCCAUCUGCACCACACCUCGACACCUCGUACACACGCUCGCGCUGCAUUACGCCGCCGGUGCUCUCUUCAGAGCGGGGUGGGUUGUCGGUUCUCUGGAAAUCCUGGGCAGUCCUGCUAGUCUGGUGCGGAGCAUCGGGAACGGAGUGUCAGAUUUUUUCAGGUUGCCAUAUGAAGGUUUGACUCGUGGGCCGGGAGCUUUUAUUAGUGGCGUCUCCAGAGGAACAAACUCCUUCAUCAAACACAUCUCUAAAGGGACUCUGACGUCCAUCACUAACCUAGCGACGAGUCUCGCACGUAACAUGGACCGUCUGUCACUGGAUGAUGAGCAUUUCAUGAGACAAGAGGAGUGGAGGAGACAACUGCCUGAGACUCUGGGAGACGGAUUGAGACAAGGCCUGUCCAGACUGGGCAUCAGUCUGUUGGGAGCCAUCGCAGGUAUUGUGGACCAGCCCAUGCAAACAUUCACACGGACUCUUGAGAUGCCUGAUUCAGCGAGCAGCGCGGCGCGCGGCGUCAUCUCUGGAGUGGGAAAAGGCAUUGUGGGAGUUUUCACCAAGCCAAUAGGUGGAGCGGCUGAACUGGUGUCACAGACGGGAUACGGUCUUCUUCACGGCGCUGGACUCUGGCAGCUUCCUCAACCGCUGCACCUGCCUACAGACAGAAAAUCAGCCGACGCUGUCAACAGCCACGUCAAAUACAUCUGGAAGAUGUUACAGUCUCUGGGUCGUGCGGAGCUGCACAUGGCUCUGGAGGUGUGUAUGGUGAGCGGUUCGGGUCAGGAACACUCGGGCUGUUUGUUGCUUAGUGGAGAGGUUCUGUUCGUGGUCAGUGUGUGUGAGGACGCACAACAGCAGGCCUUUCCCAUCACUGAGAUCCAGUGUGAACAUGACACACACACGCCUGGACGCAUCACGCUCACGCUGCAGCAGCACAGAGUGGCCAGUGACACCGAGGGUGACGGCGGUGGUCGUGAGAGUCUCUCAGAGCUGCAGUACAAGCGUCUUGUGGAUUUUGUCACAGGAGCGUCUCAGUAUCUCACACUGUCUGCGGCGUCUCUCAGUCAUCAAACGUUCAUCUCUCCUGUUGAACCGCCGCCCACCGCCACAAAAACGUAUCAUUAUCAGGCCGAUCCGGCCUUUGCACAAGUCUUCAUCUGCAAGUUUACCAUGGUGAAAAAUAAAGCCCUUCGCAUCGGCUUCCACUGACAGUCUUCAUCACAUGAGAAAUGCUUUGUAAACAUUAAACUCGAGCUUUCUUUCCGUCUAUGGACAUCAGUAUUUAAAAAAACACUCAAAUAAUACUUUUCAUUUGUAUUUUUAUAAGCAAUGCAAGAAACAUGAUUAUUGUUUUUAUUUUAAUAUUCUGAGCAAAUGAAUCGCUUAAAUAAGUGUCGCUUAUUAAAUUUUGUAUUAAAGUAUAAGAAGGAGCAUUGUGUGAUAUUGUCA